AUGCAGAGCCUGCGGGGUAAUCGGAUCCUUUCUGCGGGCAUAAUCAAUAGGCAUCAUGCCGGCGCGCCCUCUCGCUGUGUGGGUCCGCCUGCAAGGCAGCAGCAGCCGUCCUGGGCCAACCCCAGGCUCGCUGGCAGCCUCAUCGGGCGAAUGGGGGAUCAUAUAUCCUCCGUAGUGGCCACCGCGACCUCCAAUGGCACCUCUGGGCAGAGCGACAGCGUGUACAUCCCAGUCGACGAGCUCAGGGAGCUCGUUUCGCAGUCCCUUUCCGCUCUGGGGUACACAAAUGAAGAGAUUAAGACGCUACGCGAG